AUGUUUUGUGCAAAAAACAGCGCAGUGCUUUCCUUAUGGAGAAGAACCUUCGCACUGAAUAGCUUGAAAAAAGAUGAGCAGCUUGUUUUCAAAUCUACAGGUAUGAGGAAUGGUAUAUGUAUAGGGAGAAAAAACAACCUAGAUAAAAUUGCACACAGGGGGGGAAGAAAACGACACAUUAGUUCGAAGUGUAACAGUGGGGUAGAUGAACCGGUAGGGAAUGCGUUCAUCCACACUAGGGGAGUAGGAAGCAGCCAAGGGGAUAAGAAUACCUGUAGAAAAGGUGGCCUUCUCGGUAGCUACCCACUCCGUAGUGGAGGGAGCCCCAAGAACUAUCGCGCAAUCUACCCCAAUGUAAAUGAAAGCCAGUACACGAUGGAUGAUGCAUGUUCGAAAAGUUACUCAAAAGUGAACCGGGCGAAGGAGGAAAGAAGUUCCCAUAGUGAAAAUCCCAAAGAAGUUCUAACAAAACAAAAAAAUGUCAUUUCUGAUGAAAUUAACAACACAGAAAUGAUAAAAUGUCGAAAGGAUAUAAGGGAAAAAAAAAUUGUAUAUAAAUUUAAAGAAUUUUCCGUCUUUUCAUUUAACAUUUUGGCGGACAGCUUAGUGGAUUACAAAUACGAGAACAACUGUUCCAAUGUGAUGAGGUGGAUUAACAGGAAAGAAUUUAUUUUCCAAAGUAUAAGGAGAAAAUUAUCAGACAUUAUAUGCCUACAAGAAAUAGAAGAAUCGUAUUUCAACGAACUGCAGGAGAAACUGAAGUUAUUAUUUUUUGACGAAAUUGUUUAUGAUAAAUCUGCCUUUUUGAAGAAAUGGCACGUAGGGUUAAUUGUCGCUUUGAAAAAUAAACUUUCGAAGAAGGUGGAAUGGUAUGAUGGAAGUGUAAGUAAUGAUGACCGUGAUGGUAGUAACCAAAUGGUGGGGGACCAUCACGUGAGUGGCUCUCCUGGAUCCGACGAAUCUGCUGACGAUAUUGUUAUCGUUUCCAACACGCACCUGAUUUUCGACUCCUGUAAGGGGGAUGUCAAGCUGUACCAGCUGUGCUACAUGACGUACCGCUUAGUCGCCAUGAUGAACAAGUGUCUGGACUAUUUGAGGGCGCGCGGGAAGGGGGUCAAGCCAGGACGUGCAGAAAAGGGAAACAAAGCGGAAGAGACAGGGGAAAAAAAAAAGAGGGAGGGCUCACCACAAGGGAGAGUCCACCCAACCGAUAGCCGCGACUUCCUGAGCCCUGCCGUAAUUUUCUGUGGAGACCUGAACAUAACCCCUAAUAGCCUUCUCUACUACUACAUAGUUAACAGAUACAUAAAUUUGAAGAAGAUAAAUAUGAAAAACAUCUCAGGACAGUAUCUCAUGUUCAAGAAGCAGUUCUACGUUUGUAGCUACGAAAAGGGAAGUGAAAUUAAAAAAAUGUUUGACGAGAAUAUUCUGAGUGAUUUAAAAUACGACCAUUACAACAGCAUAGUGGACAAUAUGAAAAGGGAGUCCCUAUUUUCUUUUUUUAAAAAUGAAAGAAUACUGGAUGAGGGGUAUCUAACGAGUCACUGUUUUUUUCACCAUGGGAAUGAUACCUAUUUGAGGAACUACAAUUCGUAUGAAUAUUUGAUGAGUAAAUUUAAGGAAGGCAAGAAGGACUGUCUUUCUUAUUGGGGACACUCCGGAAGAAAAUCUAGUACACUUUCGGGUAGCGAAGUGGUGAGCAAUGAACACACAUGCGAUGAGAACUGCGCGCAGGUGUCUGAGGAGAAGGACCAUGGAUGCAUCAGUUUUGAUGAGAUGGACCAUGAGGAGGGUAACGAGGAUAACGCGGAGCAGCGCCAUCCCCAGAAGGAAGCAAAAAUAGCAACUGAUCAGCAUGACGACGAUUUUAUACUGUACUAUCCCCUGUAUUUUGAAAGUAUAUACAACAGCGUGGACGAGCACAGAGUUGAGAAGCCCUGCCACAAAUAUGAUCAUAUUGACAACCUGAAUGACGAGGAAAAUAAUUUACCGCUAAGUGAUGUUCCAUUCACCGUAUUUCAUGGGAAGCAGAAGGGGUGUGUCGAUUAUAUAUUUUACUCGUAUAGGACUCUUAAGGUAAGCGCAAGGGGGAGAGGUCUUACCCGUUAA